AGCCGUGAUCGUUCUCUUGUCAGCUCGUGAAAUAUCUUCAAGGAAUCCUUUUGCAUCGAUCAGACGGGGUCGAUAUUCAGGCUUCUCAGUUGUGAAGAGUGAGAAUAUUUCUUAGAUAAUCAGGUCACAAUGCCUGAAGUUGCAACGAAGACAAAUAAUGUCAGCUCUGGUGGAAGACAUAAACAGGGCGCUUUCAAAGACAAGGACAAACCGACUGAGAUCCGUAUGAGUAACAUAACUGCAGCGAAAGGUUUGUUACCAAGUCGUUGUCAGGAGUUUCCCGUCAGGAUUAAUCUCCCAGUGACUGUUGGUUAAAUUUUUUUUAUUCUGCAGCUGUUGCGGAUGCUAUAAGAACAAGUCUUGGACCAAAAGGAAUGGACAAGAUGGUGGGUAGAUUAUUAUAGUUCGCUGUUUGUAUAUUUUUUGUACGUUAAUAAUUUCUUACUUUAUUUCCUCAUCCUUUAAUUUUUUAUUUUAUCUUUUACAUUUUUAAGUGAUAAUCUGUGAAUUUUUCCCAAUAUUUAAACAAACUUCAUGUGUACUGUGUAAAUGGUCAAAAUGGUUGAAAGCUGUCAAGAUAAGAUAAGCCGUAUUUUUAUUUCUAGCUAGUAUUUUCAAGCUGCUAUUGAAACUUUGUUUUGUUGGAAUGUCUCUUUCUUAUAUAGAUUCAAAGUGGAAAUGGUGAUGUGACAAUCACAAAUGAUGGAGCUACAAUCUUGAAACAAAUGCAAGUGUUACACCCAGCGGCAAGAAUGGUGGGUGAUUUCCCAGAAAUGUAGAAUACCCAACCCUACCUACCUAAAGCAGUCAUGCAGGCCUACCAAUCCCCUAACAUUAACUUUAUCUUCGUAAUUUUUGCUUGUCUGUCUAAUCAUCAACACCAUCAUCAUCAUAAUCAGGGUUUGCAUUCACUCUUGACAGAGGAACUCCUCCCUGGAUCGAUCCCACAGGCGUCUGUGCUUGGUUAAUCUUGACCAUACUGGUACAAACUGUCUGGUGAGAUUGUCUCUCCAUCUUAUUUUUCUGGCUCUGAUGGUCCCACGGUUAUUAGAUAGCUGUGCAAUUUGACCUGCCCAUCUAUGCUUUGCUUUCCUGAUAGCAUUAAUGAUAUUGCUUACGCCAGUUUCUUGAUGGAUCCAGAUGUUUCGCUUACGAUCUCGAAGGGUAAUGCCUAGCACUAUGCGUUCCAUCUUAUGCUGUGCGACUGCAAGCUUAUCCAUCACAGCAUCAUAUCUGUCUAAUAACUUGUUAUAAAAACACGGAAGCUCUGAUGGGGUGGUUCCACGAGGCCUUGCUGUCAGACAAUGUUUCUGUCGCACCCUGAUAUGCAGAUGAUGUAGUGGUCUCAUUGCCAAGAGCAGAUGAUGACAUUAUCACUUCAGUGCUCUUAUUACACUGCUUCCAACAUGUAUACUUUUUCUCACAGGCUGGAUAUUUAUUUAUAGCAACUAAUUUUUCUGACCCAGGGUUUAUGCUGCUCUUAUAAGUCCUUGGAUGGGUCUGGGCCGGGUUGUUCAAAGCUGGGUUAAGAUAACCCAGGUUUAGUGCAAAAUUUGAAUUCAGGUACAAAAGCUUAAAAAUCAAACUCAGUUUGCCUGACUGUUUUUUGUAUAUAAUUGGUUAAUUAGAUGCUCUAAAAAGAAUGCAGAAAAUUAUCCCAGAAAUUGCGUUUUUGAGCUAAAGAAAAAGAAAUGCGGAUUAAAAUUAACCUGGGUUAGUGCUAAAUGGCCUUCGAACAGCGGGACACUGGAAUUUAAAUUAAUCUUAGAUCUGAGGGUUACUUGAAAUGUGCGUAAAAAGAAGAAUUUUGUACAUAAGUUAUAUUAUUUUUAACUUAAGUUGCUGUCUAUGUAGAGACCUUACCCUCUUCAUUUAGUAGCUAGCCAUACAUUAUGGCUUUUUAUUCAGAUGAGAGGGAGAAAGUAAUGGUUGCUCCAACAGCAUUUUGGUAUAUUUUAUUACCUAAAGUGUCACUUAAGGCAAUCCACAUUUAUUGAUGUCUGGGCAAAAUGUCCCAUUUGAAGACAAUCAAGCUUGACCUACAGUGUGAUCUGUUUUGUUAAAACAUAAACAGAGCCACAGAUAACCCAAUAUCACAGGGAAAUACUUGUGGUCUUAAACUCAAAGUAUAGUUUUUGUAAAAAUUUUAUUUAAAGUUUCAUGCUUCUGGAUUAAUAACCUGACUGUUGCUACACUGUGAGCUUGGGUAUCCUGUGACAUGAUGUAAGCUUCUAGUACGUUACAGUAUUUUCAAACUGUAUUUUAGUCAAUGCUCUUUGUUGUAUUCAGCUUGUAGAACUUUCUAAAGCCCAAGAUAUUGAAGCUGGAGAUGGUACCACUACUGUUGUUGUGAUUGCGGGAAGCUUGCUCAGUGCAUGUGCCAAGCUUCUUGAGAAAGGUAACAAGUUCUCUCUGUUUUCAUCCUCUAUUGACUGACUUGUAACCAAAUUCAUGACCAGGCACCAGUUGUUCAAAAGGUGGAUAGUGCUAUCCAGACGAUAAAUAUCAUUCACUGGAUAGUGAUUUACCCAGUGAAUAGUGUUAUCCAUUUUUAGAACCGGGACUAGAUGAUCAGAGGGCCAAGUGAAGCCGGCUGUCUUUUAGACAGAACUAGACCAUGGCUUUCCCCAUUCUUCAUAAUAGAGUGUAAUAGUCAUUUCACAACAACAGACCAUUUUCACAAAGACAGUAUUUAACUACAACUACCAGAAUUCACUUUAUUUUUUCCUAUCAUAUUAAAUCUGAAGUAAGGGUGACCUAAGCUGCUGUUAGAUUCCCUCUUCAUUUAGUAGCUAGCCCUAUAUUAUGGCUUUUUAUUCAGAUGAGAGGGAGAAAGAAAAAUGAUUGCUCCAACAACUUUCAUGUUGAAUCAUACUUGAAAGUCAAUAGAAGCAACCUACAAGAGGCCUGCAAAUUAUAUUUCUUUGUGCACAGUACAUGAUUUUCAUUAUGUCUGACCAGUUCGCCAUUUUGUCCUGCAAACCAGAAAUUAGUUGGCCAAAAAUUAUGUACAAGUUUUUAAGAUCUAAGCAAAUGUAAAACUUCAGAAUUAAACGUGUUUGGUACAGUUUGGUCUAUCCAGUCAGUAUUUCCAACUUAAGGUAGCAUUUUGUUUGACACACAGGGAGAAUAAUUAACAAUUAUUCCACAAGGGCGCGUUGGAUAUGAGAUGAUAGAUAGCCAACGAGGCGCAUAGCGCCGAGUUGGCUAUAAUCAUUUCAUAUCCAACAAGCCCGAGUGGAAUAAUUGUUUUAUUAAAAACGCCCACAAAAUCUCGUUGAAUCGCCCCGACUAGAACAAACCGGAAAAGACAAGGGACUUCCGCUAUUGACAUGUCACACGUCUAUCAAAACUGUCAAGGCGCGAACGGACUCGCCUAGACUGCAUGAAUGAAAAAUCAAAACAUUGUGCGAUGAACAUUAGUUUUUUAAAAACUCAUCGUGAUUCUAGGAUUUUACACAGCAGAACAGCUUAAAAAACCUGGCAGAUAAUGUGAAGGAAAGGAAUUUUUAAGUGACAGCCGUCGAAAUUACUAUGAAUUUGGAUUUUCGGUGCAGUUAUAAAAGUAAGAACAACGGAGAAAAACUACCGGUAUUACCUCGGUCGCUUGUUAUGAAGUUGUUUGAAGCCACAAGCUGGUUUUGCUGAACGAGAAAAGAAGCUAUACUGCCGCCUCAAUUGCUCUAGUGAAUGGCUGCAUAGCCUGUAUUUGUAGCUGGUUACUUGUGAUUUAUGUUCUUGAUGUCGGAUAAACAAGCUGCAGUUAUCUAUCGGUGAGUGACUUGAUCGGCGAAUGGCUUCGUGAUCAUGAAGAAACAACACUUGUCUUCUUUCGUAGCUGGUCAAGGUACUUUAGUUCCAUGCGUUUUUCGACAAACUUUGAGACAAGCUCUUGUGGCUUUUUUGUUUGUUUUUGUCUUUUUUCUUUCGUUGAAAUUGCAUUUCUAGUAUUCUAAGAAAUGAAUUAAAAUGAUUUGCUUCGGGCGCCGUUCUAUCCGUCGCGAAAAAAAAUCUCAGCUGGCUUCCAAUUUUAAACUGACGCGUACACCGACCAUAUAUGGAGAACAUGGUAUAUUAGCUCAUAUACCAUAAUGGCUAAGCCAAUCAAAAUGCUAGAAUUGCAUUAUCCAAUGAUUCAGUUUUUAAUUAUGAAUGUUACCCUCAGUUCUCAGUACAGUAUAAUAUUGAGAAUUAUAGAAGAACAUUGAAAUAUUGUACUCACCAAGAUGAUAUUGUUAUUGAUAAUAUUGUUACCAUUAUAUAUUUUGUGUAACUUGAGUCCUGGAUGGCAUUGUUGUAACAACAUUGUUUUGGCUUUAACUCAAAUGUUGCAGUUUAAAAUUUAACUGCUGGGCUCGGUUCCUCGAAAGAUGAUUAAGUUUAAACCAGGGUUACGCCAAAUAUUAAGCAAGCUUUUUUUGUCUAAGAACAUGUAACUCGAGCUUACAAAAUACCGUUGUUGCUUUACUGUGACAGCAUGCAAAGAAAGUAGUUUUUUUGAGGAAUUCAAAUUACAGAAGAAGUGUGAAAUCAAUCUGCUCAUCAAACCGUUUUUUGGGCUAGUUGAAAUGAUGUUUGGGCUAGUAAAUGUUAGCUUCAACUUGCCCGAAUGGCAAGCUGUAAAAAUGACUUUCUUUGCACCCUGUGUGAAGAAAAAAAGAAAUGAUAACACAAACUGUUACUCUAAGCAAUGCAUAGGAAGGUAAAUGCAAAAAGUGAAACAUUAUUUUUAUCCUGGAUUAGCACUAAUCAGCCUUUCAGGAACUGGGCUCAGGAUUGCAACAAGCUGUGUUGGGCACAGUUUGCAAGAGUAAUUUUUUAAUGUUGUUUACAGGAAUUCAUCCUACCACAAUAUCAGAGUCGUUUGAAAAGGCUGCAGCCAAAGCAGUAGAGAUACUUACAAACAUGGCCACUCCAGUUGCUCUCAGUGAUCGUGAAUCACUGCUAAAAAGUGCAAUGACCUCUCUCAGUUCCAAGGUCAGUGAAGUUGGAAAAAAAAAUUUGUCUUUGAGGUGAAAUGUCUGUCUUGAUGUGUUGUGGACAGUAGAGAUUUACAGCUACACUGGAUUGAGAAAGCUAUGUGCCAAUUCCAAAUUAAUGAUAAUAAUUUUAAAUAGCAAUGAUUAUUGUUAAUUAUCUAACUUAGUACUUCAACUUAAAAGUAACACAAACCACCAAGAACGAUUUUGUGUGGACACAAAGUUAAACUUUCCAUUUUUUUGAAGGAUGACCUUCAAAAAUGUUUUGUCAGUCAGUUUUUAAUGGUUUUGUGUUCUUUGUUCGUUAGGUUGUUUCACAGUAUUCUAAUCUAUUGGCCCCAAUAACUGUUGAUGCUGUUCUGAGAGUUAUUGAUCCUUCAACAGCAGACAAUGUUAAUCUUAAAGAUAUCAGAGUUGUUCAAAAAUUGGGGUAGGUCAAAGUUCAUACUAGGGAGCUUAAGCAAAUGCAUUUUUGAGCGAUGCACGUCAACUGGAAGUGAGCUCCAUUCUAUUCUAAUUUGCCAUAAUGCUUCCAAGUUUUUAUUGCUGUGUUUAUGGUCUCAUAAACUGCCCAAGAAUGGAUACUGUCCACUUCUGGUUAUCAUGCGUUGCUCAAAAACGUCUUCGCUUAAGCUCACUGUUGUGUACCAAGCUUUUUCUUGACACAGUGAUAUUAAUAGUUUUUGGGGUCUUUAACCCUAAGUUCAGUGUCUAAAAACAGAUUCUCCAGACUGAACACCAUACAUUUCCUUAAAGUAGAACCCCGAUAACUCAAACUCCCUGCUAACUCAAACUAAGUUCAUAUUCCCUUGGAUUUCACCCCACUUUCCAGUCUUUUUUACUUGGUUAACUUGAACUAGGAUAACUUGAAUUCCCACUAACUCGAACUAAAUUUCCUUUCCCUUGAUCAAAAUGUCAGUGAAAUUUACCCUUCUCAUGAGCUAUUCUUGUUGUAUAAGGGUAAAAACACUAAAACUAACACUGGUCAACACAAAAGCAAUUUGACUUACUUGGUGAAAUGAGCAGAUCACGUUUUAUGAUAAAAAAUGCAUAGUCAUGAUGUUACCAUUUCUGAUGAAAUAAGUUAAAUUUGCACUUACUGCGUUUAUUUUGCUCUAAAUAGUAAAAAGUAAAGAAAGUGAAAGAAUUCUUAAGCAGUACUGUCAUUGCAGAUAAGGAAGGAAGGUUUAAGUAAGCACACCCCCAUAUAUAUAUAUAUAUAUAUAUAUAUAUAUAUAUAUUUAGAGAACAAAUAAAUAAAUAAAUAAAUACAUAAAUAAAUCAAUAAGUACUAUAGUAACAAGUCAAAAAUCAAAUAACAGGCAGUGCACUGCAGUUUGGUGUAAAUGAGGUGACACUUGAAACUCAAGGUGACCUAUUAGAUUCAAGAAAGCAGAUAGCUAUACAGUCAACUGCCUCUAAGAUGGACACCUUUGGGACCGGCAGUAAGUGUCCGUCUUAUUGAGAGUCAAAUAAAGAAAGUUAAGAAAGGUAGGGACCAACUCUAGGUGUCCGUUUUAGGAAGGUGUCUGUCUUAUUGAGCUGUCCGUUAAGAGAGAGUCGACUGUACAGAUCACAUCACUUGUUGGUGCCUAUGGGAGUAGCAGAGCCACAACUAAGUGGACAUUGAUAUUAAUUUCUUUUGUUGUUUUUUUUUUUUCCAGGGGCACUGUUGAUGAUACAGAACUUGUGGAGGGCCUUGUAUUAGAGCAAAAAAUCAGUCAUUUGGCUGGAGGAAUAUCACAAGUGGAAAAAGCCAAAAUUGGAUUGAUACAGUUCUGUAUUUCACCUCCAAAGACAGAUGUAAGUCCUUGUUUUUGUAAAAAUCUAUUAACAUCUGUCCUACUCUUUAACUUGACCUCAGUCGUUCAAGAGGUGGAUAUCCCCAUCUACAAAAUAAAUCUCCAGCCAAUGUAUAUCAGAAUACGUUGGUUUCCCUGAUGCUCAUCGGCUGAAUAGUGAUUUAUCUAGUAGAUGUUGAUAUGCAGCUUUUGAAGUACUGAGGCCUGUAUGGUUUAACAUCCAUCUUGUUUAGUCUGCAGUGAAAGACAACUUAAUGCGCAAAGGGCACAAAGAGGAAAAGUGCCAGACUGUGAGCAACUGAUAGAAAUUUUGUGAAAUAGGCUUGGGAUUGGGAUAAGAAGCCAAGAGAAUUUGAUUGACAAAUUAUUAUAUAGGGCACAUUUCUUUUUACAGUGAAGGUAACAGCAGAAAGUGAAAACAAAGAGUUUGAAAAAAUGUGAAUUUGUUAUACUUUCUGCAGGUAAAACAAAGAAAACAAAGAAAAUGCUCAGCCACACUAGGCUGAAUACUGGUUUAACCUGAGAUCAGAUUUUACGUACAAUAUAUACACCUCUUGUUCAAAAACUGUUAGUUUUUGUUUGUGCCAAGUUUCUGUUGAGAAAAAUGUCUUGUUGUUUUGUGGAAGGUGUUAGAAAACAGCUUCAGUGUUUUAAGCUGAACCCUUUUCUUUGUUAAGAGUCUAGUAGUUGAGUUGAAUUAAAAAACCCUUAGGCUUGUAGUUAUGGUGAGAUGAUUUUUCAUUCCAACUUUUGAAUCUGUGGACAAAAUCCUAUGGUUUUACUUUUCAAGUGUUCCUAGGCAGAACUUUUGCAUAGGACAACCGUUAUUAAGGCGGAACCCACCAGGAAAUUGAGCAAUUUUAAUUUUCAGUGGACAAAGACCUUGUACCAGAAUAAUUGAAAAAAUAUUGCAUUCUUUUUUACAUUAAUAAAUUAGUCAUCUGUAAUAACACCAAAGAAAAUUUGUCAUGGGAGUCCGAGAAAAUGAAUGUCAAAUUUCACAAGAAUUGUGAAAACACAGGUAAAAUUCUGAAAUUUCAUGUGCAAGAUGUAAUUUUGUGAAAUUUGGCAUUUAUUUUCUUUGGCUCCCAUAAGAAAUUUUCUUUGGUGUUGUUUCAGAUUUAGCCCUUGAAAAAUUUUAAAAAGAAUGAAAUAUGCUUUAAAUUAUUCUGGUACAAGGUUUUUGUCCACCGAAAAUUAAAAUAAUUCAGUUUCCUAGAGGAUUCUGUCUUUAAAAAAAAAACAAUUUGAUUUUAAUGGGAAUGUUAGGUCACCAUUAGAAAUAGAAGAUAAAAAAAAGAAUAUAUGAAUUUCUGACUGGCAAAAUGAAGGCAUAAAAAUGUAAAGAAGAUUUUCACAGAGUUAAAGAUGCAACCUAUGUAGUUUCUAAACAAAAGCUUGAAAAAAAUUCAGGCUUCCGUGAUUCCACCCUGACCUCUGCGGAAUAGAACAGUUAAUGUGUGGUCAAUGUGCACAUAAAUGUCAUCUCAUCUGACGAGAUAUCUUAUCUGUUGUUUGUUUUGUUUUAGAUGGAAAACCAAGUAAUAGUUAGCGAUUACACCCAGAUGGACAGAGUUCUUAGAGAAGAACGCCAAUACAUUCUGGAAAUCUGCAAAAAAAUAAAAAAGGCUGGAUGCAAUGUGUUGCUCAUUCAGAAGUCUAUCUUAAGGUAAAGAUGGGCUCCUAAAAAGCUAACUAAAUUGAUGUUCUUGUCAUUUUAACAAAGCUUGCUUAUUUGAUUGUUUUGCAGAGAUGCUGUCAGUGAUUUAGCUCUCCAUUUCUUAAACAAAAUGAAGAUACUUGUUGUUAGAGACAUUGAAAGAGAUGAAAUAGAAUUCAUAUGCAAGGUAAAGUAAACGUUGUUGCCAUUUCUUUGGGUUUUGUCUUUUGUUCAUUCACUAAGACUUUGAGUUUUUCCCUCUUUGUUUGCUGUUCUGAGUCAGUUAGGACUCCAACAGCCGGCAAAUAGACUGGUACAUGGUCUAAAAUUACCAUUUUAUCAAGCAUAAUUGGCAUGAUUUGUUUUAUAUAUAACAAAGAACAAGUUGCUGAUGUAGUUGCAAAGGAAAAUAAUACCUGUUAAAUACUUAAUUCCUGUUUAGAGCUUAGGUUGUAAACCCAUCGCCAGCUUAGAUCACUUUACUCCAGAGAUGAUGGCAUCAGCAGAACUUGUUGAAGAAGUUAAUCUUGGAACCAGUAAAGUGGUGAAGGUGACAGGUAUAACCACGCCUGGUCGCACUGUCAGCAUCCUGGUGCGUGGAUCAAAUAAGCUCGUGUUAGAAGAAGCCGAGCGUUCUCUUCAUGAUGCUCUCUGUGUGGUCAGAUGCUUGGUCAAAAAGAGGUAGGCUCAUGCUGGCAAAACAUUAUUUUAUGAUGCAGUCGCGCCAUACGAGCGCUUUUUCGGUCUAAUAUAAAUCUGGUCAUAGUGUCAGUAUCUUGUCCUCAGUUUGGACUCCCUAUUGCUGUCAUUUUAAUUUGGCCGCGUUGGUAUACCUUGUCCAAUGCAUGGUUAGGUAGGCUAUUUAUGGAGAAAAGAAAUCCAUUUAGUAUACAUUAUUUAUUGAAAGUUGUCCCUUAAAAAGCACGUUAUUAAUUGGUACCCUGAUAUUGGUCAGUGGAAGUUGAGUGAAAGGAAAAAUGAAGUGAUCGGCUUCAACAAUUAACAAAGUCAGUCAAAAUUUGCAGAUAUAUUUUAAAACUUAUAUGAAAUAAGUUGUACGUUGCUGCACUUCAAGUGCAAUGUUUUCAUUUCCAUGUUAUGAUGCAGUGGUGAGUGACACCUUGAUAGUCGUAAAAGGUACUUAGAAUAUAGCAGAAUAGAAAUUAUUUUGCUCCUCUUCUCGCUUCAUUUUGUGAAAUCGUUCAGUUCAGAUGGUAAAUUGCUGGCUGCUUCAUGUCUGUUAACAUUUUGUCUUUCAUUUCAGUUUUCUUUUCUUUCCUUUUUCUGAUUGGUACUUGUCUUACAAGAAGAGAUAAACAUUUAACUGCAAGCGCUUAUAUGCUGAGCACUUGCUUAUGUUACAUUUUGUAUAUAUUUCAUGUCGGCAGGGCCCUCAUUGCUGGUGGUGGAGCACCAGAGAUUGAAGUGUCCAUUAGACUUGCUGAGCAUGCGCGCACUUUAACAGGAAUGGAGGCAUACUGUGUUCGCGCCUUUGCCGAGGCGUUGGAGAUCAUCCCGUACACGCUGGCUGAGAAUGCCGGACUCAACCCCAUAGCAACUGUCACUGACUUGCGUAACAGACAUGCGCAGGGAGAGACUACAGCUGGGAUAAACGUCAGAAAGGUGGGAAAAAGAUUGAACAACUUGCGCAAUUAAGAGUACCAUAGGCCUGGCGAGGCCAAACGUCGAAUAACUUUUCAUGAAACGAACCAAACUUUGUGAGUUAAGUUCACAGAAAGUUCGACGUCUGGGUCAGUCAAGUUCGUCUGAAUGAGUCUGGAUCGUUCAAAAAUUGUUUCGUAUAAAAGUUGGAGCUGCUCUCCUUUCCUAAUUAAUUUGACUUCGUAUUUUGGUUCAAGCAAAUUUUUUACAACAUUGCUAAAGUUUAGUCUAUUCUAUACAAUAUUUAGGGGUUUUGUUUAAAAAUUGACUGGUUAAACAUCUGUUCAUCCUGUGCAUUUUUUCAGGGCACCAUAACAAAUAUUCUGGAAGAGAACGUUCUGCAGCCGCUGUUAGUCUCCACCAGUGCCAUUCAGUUAGCGUCUGAAACCGUUCGCAGUAUUCUGAAAAUCGAUGAUAUUGUAAGUACAAGCUCUAUCAGGGUGCAAAGAAAGUGA